GUAAAAAAGUUUAGACAUUUUGCUUGGAGUGAUGAAUAUUUCAUCUUGUGACACUAGAUGUGAUUGCUAGAUACUAAAGGUGAUGGAAGAUCAGCGUUCUUUCAAUAGCCCUAGAAGGACCCUUAGUUAUUCUAGAAACAGGGGAGCAACUUUCUCUGUAUUUGAAGCGGACAACAAGGCUUCUGGUGUCGGUGUUUCGGGAGAGCAUGGCCCUAACCCUUCUGAAGUUUAUGGAUUUGUAGGAGCCAUUUCAACAGUUGUUGCUACAGUUAUUUUCAUGAUAUGGGCAUACGUUCCUGAUCCUUGGUUGCAUUCUAUUGGGAUCUUCUACUAUCCUAGCAAGUAUUGGGCACUGGCGCUUCCAGCUUACACCAUUGUGACAGCUGCAACUACCUUUCUAUUCUACAUUGGCCUCAACUUUAUGGCAACUCCACCCCCAACAUCCCUGAACUCGAUAUAUGAUGAAAACAGCAAAGAUCUUGUGUGCUUUGAUGCCGCGUUAGACGAAGAUGACAGACCCAUUGAACCUUACUCUGAUAUUGGAAUCAACCAGAUCAAUGAGCUAAUGUUCAAAGAUUGGAAAUAAUAUUUACCUCUCAGAUAUUCUGGUUGUUGGUAGAAGUAUUCAAUUGCAUAGUGGUAUAUCUUGGAGCACGUAUAUAUCAUUCGAUGCUAUUUAAGUUUUUUAAGUCUUUUGUGAUUGGCCUUGUUAUAAAUUUGGUCUGUUAACCUGUUGUCAUGGUAUGAUGCCA